AUGUCUAGCUUAUCAUCAGAUAAUAAAUCAUUAAACGACUCAAAACAUCUCAAUAACAUUGGCAUUACUGAAGUAAAUAUAUAUGAAUCUAAUACUCAGCCUGCUGCUGAAAAAGAGACUAAUUUAGUUUCUUACACAAAUGAUCUAGAAGGGGAAAAUAUAACUGAAUUAGACGAUGCUAUGAGAUUGGCUGAUGAUGCUAAACAAAUCAAAAUAACACCAGAGCAAGAUAGAAAGUUGGUCUGGAAAAUAGAUUUAUGUAUGUUUCCAUUAAUGUGUUUAAUCUAUGCCGUGCAAUUCAUGGAUAAAGUUGCAACUGGUUCAGCAGCUAUCAUGGGAUUACGUACGGAUUUAAAGAUGCAUGGCAACCAAUAUUCAUGGGUUGGUUCUGCUUUCUAUUUUGGGUUUCUAUUCAUGAAUUUAGGUCCUGUACAAGUAUUAUUUCAAAAAAGUAAAUAUAUGUCUAAAAUGCUAGCCAUAUUUAUUUUAAUAUGGGGAUUAUUAUUAUGUUGUCAUUCAGCACCAUAUAUCAAUUAUCCGGGGUUCAUUGUAUUAAGAGUGUUACUGGGCUGUGUGGAAAGUGUUGUAACACCAUGUUUUACCAUUAUUACAGCCGAGUAUUGGAAAGCAGAUGAACAGUUCACUAGGAUAUGUAUCUGGUUUGCUAUGAAUGGGCUAGGUGUUAUAUUUUUGAACGCCAUGGCAUAUGGCCUAUAUAUUCAUAAAGAUAUAUAUACCAUUACAGCAUGGAGAGUAUUAUUUAUAAUCAUUGGUGUUAUCACUUUAUUCUUGGGUUCACUAAUUUAUUAUUGGAUUCCAGAUAAUCCAUCUAAUGCAAGAUUCUUGACUAAAAAUGAAAAAUUAAUGGUUGUCCAAAGAAUUAGAUCAAACCAACAAGGUUUUGGUAAUCAUAGGAUUAAAAUAUACCAAAUUUUGGAAGCAUUAAGAGAUCCUAGAACAUGGCUAUACUUCUUUAUUGCAGUCACCUCUAAUAUUCCAAAUGGUGGUAUUACCAAUUUUUUCAAUAUUUUGUUACAUAGUGAUUUUGGCUAUUCUACAAAGGAUUCUUUACUAAUGGGUAUGCCGGCUGGUGCAGUAGAAUUGGCCGGUUGUUCAUUAUUUGGUAUUCUUGCAUAUUACUGCGAUAAGAAGAAAAUUCCAAUUUGGAGAUAUAGAUUAACAUGGGCUAUACUCACUGGUACUUUAUCUUUAGUCUCCAGUUGUAUGUUAGCUUAUGCCAAUGAUUCUGAAAAUGCUAAAUUGGCGGGUGCUUAUCUAUGGUAUAUCACACCAGUUGCUCUUAUUUGUGUUUAUGCCAAUAUUAGUGCAAAUUCUUCAGGUUAUACCAAAAAAUGGACUGUAUCAUCGAUUAUUCAGGCUGGCUAUGCAGCUGCCAAUAUUGCAGGUCCACAAUGUUUUAUUGCCAAGCAAGCACCUAGUUAUGAUGGUGCAAAGACAUCUAUGGUUGUUUGCUAUGCAAUUGAGGUUGCACUUUUAUUAAUUUUAUUAUUUUUAAAUAUUAGAGAAAAUAGAAGACGCGACAAAUUGCAAUCAAAGGAAGGUAUAGCAAAAUCUGACAAUUUUGAGUUUGCAGACAUGACAGAUUUUGAAAAUCCAAACUUUAGGUACACAUUAUAG